GGAAGGGCAUGUCUCUAUGGAGGAACAGUGAUUUAGGAAUGAAACGUACCCCAGUACUUACCAUCGAAUCAAGUCGGUCGCAAAACUUUUCCUGCUUGAAAACUAAAGAGCGUGGAUGAAAGUGAACAUGUUUAUAUUCGCUCCGCAAAUUUGGACUCAAUAAGUGAAACGGCAUCGUGAGACCGGACAUACACUUUGGGGUGAAAGAUAGCUGACCGCUGACAUGGAGGGCAAAGAGGAGAUCAGUGAUACUGACAGUGGGAUCAUCCUUCACUCUAGCCCAGACAGUCCAACUACGGUUAUGAAAGACGUGUUAACUCAUACAAGGGCUAUGAAGCUGAAGCACCAAUCACUUGAGGACAGACUAGAGCUGUGCCUGGUGGAACUGAAGAAACUCUGCAUUCGAGAGGCUGAGCUAACUGGGCGGUUGUCAGAAGAUUACCCUUUUCUACCCGGGGAGAAGCCUCCACAGAUCCGCAGGCGUAUUGGAGCAGCCUUCAAACUAGACAAACAGAGCAUCCCUCAGGGAGCCGGGGACUCAGAACUAAACUCUGUGGAGUCGGAACUGGCCCUGCAGCUGCAGAUACAUGAAGCGUCUCGCAGGCUGUGCCAAGAGGAGCAUCUUGGUAAGGCUGUGAAGAGGAGCCGGGUACAGCAGUGCAAGCGGGAGGAGAAGAAAGUCAAGGAACUGCAGGAGACGGCCUUUCAGCUCCGCCUGCAGCACGGCCGGACAUCUCCUUGCCCCGGCUGUAUCAACACACAGAGAGAUCAAGGUACUUCAGAUAACGGCUCUCUGUCUGAUUCUGUGGUGCUUGAUGAAGAAGAGGUUACCAUUCAGUCAUCCCAACCGUGCCUGGAGCCACCCUACCAAGGACCAGCAGAGAGUUACCAGCAACCUUUAGGGUUUUCUCAACCCCCUCGCCACACCCCCUACCAGUCCCCCUCUGUCUUGUCACUGCCUCCUCUGCAAAGCCCCCACCAGCCUUCCCUUCUAUCCCUGGAGGAGCUGUCGCUCAGCUUUAGCAUUGAUCAUGAAGCCCCUCCCAUUCAGCACUCCCCCUGGAGUGAGUCCAGCCUGGACCAACCCUACCAGAAGUCUAAAAAGUCACGCUCUGGGAGCAGCAAGUCCAGCAGUCCAGCUGUGACCCCUGUAUUACCUUCAGUGGAGGCAUGCCUUGGAGACUUGGGCCUGCCAGUCAAGGUGUCUAACCUGAGACUAUGCCACCCCCAGUCCAGCAGCGCCCCUUCCACCCCAGAAAUGCAGCUGCGUCGUCAGCUCUCUCUCAGGUUUCCCAGCACGGAACCUUCUUUUGGCACUGAGAGGAGUCGAGAUCGUACCAGGGGUCCAAGGAGACGACUUACGGAUUAUAUGGUGCCGUCAUUGGAGCCCCCUCUACCGAGGAUGAACUAUGGGAACCCCAUGUACCACUCCGGCUCUGAGGACAGCAGCUCUGAACACUCAGCUCCAUCGUAUGCUGGUUCCCUGUGUCAGGAGGUGCCGUGUCAGCCUACAUAUCAACACCUGCACUCCAGCCCUAACAACACUCAGACACCAGUACCCUACUCAGACCCUGGAUUCUACCAAAACUCCAAGAACCAGUCCAGUCCCAGCAUCCACAGAGAGUACUACGAGGAUGGGAUAUUCUAUCCUCAUGAUAUAGUGAUGGGAAGGGGCUAUUACGGCCAGCCAGCCCAAUCUCCCUCCACCAGAUAUGAGCACUGGUACGAAGGGCCUCCUGUAUAUCCCCCCCAGGCACUCAGGCCUCUGCCCCACCAUGUCAGACUAUCCCGUGCCCCCUCCCUACGAGAAUAUUCUCACCAUCUUUCCAGGGGCCUCCCAAGACAAGUGGUGAAUGAUGAGUUAAAGUCAUGGCACCAGCGCAACCAGUUCAGAGAGCCCAGGCCCCGUUCUCUGGACAGACAGGGAGCAAUCAGAGUGAAGAACAUACCAGAUCUUGAGUCACCCCUCACCCAGCACCACAUGUUCCAGGAGCAGGUGCCUCAGCGACGGGUCCUUCAGAGGGCCCCUGAUGGGACCCAAGUGCAGUGGUUUGUGGAAGUCGACUCUGAGAUUGUCAGUCAGGUCUAAUGCAAGAACUAUUCCACCUUUCUCUAAACACACUGGCCUUCCUUACAGAGCCCUAUUCAUUCACUCAUUUGUUACACCACUGGACCCAGUGCUGAUUAUGUGGACAUACCUUGGCUUAUGGCGUCAUACCUCAGCAUAUCAAUGUCAGGCAUUAAGCCACCUAUUGUGCCUCUUUUUACUGUGAGAAAAGAAAGCAUUGAUCUUUGAACAUUGUUUGUCAACUUUUCUUAGAAAUGAUUGUAUUGAGUAUCUGUGAAGUAAUGUAUGUAUUUUUUUUUCAAUAUGAAAAUGUUUCUCUGUAGAGAACAAAUAAAGGGUGUAAUGUGAUUAUCCAUU